AUGGUGGUGUCUGUUACGCCGUGGGCUCCUCAGAGUCUGCUGCCGCCAGCGCGGAGUCAACGUCCCUGCGGCGACUCAGACUCCCCCGCCGUCGGCUCCCACUUCCCCGCCGUCGGCUCAGACUUCUCCACCUUCGACUCAGAGUUCCCCAGCAAGCCGCAGCCGGAGCCGACGCACGUGUCCGUGGUGCAGGUGGAGCCGGAGCGAGAGCGGUCGCCGGACGCGGGCUCUGCGACGGCGCUCUCGCCUUUCACGUCCAUCACACUGCAGGGCACCACUGUGGGCAGCUCGGACGUGGACCACUUGGCGGAGGAGACCAGCCUCUCCCCCGGACACAGUCCGCUGCCGGCCCGGCCGGCUUCGGGCGGCAGCAGCCGGGACAGUGACGUCAGCAGUCUGGCCCCGCCCACCGAGGGCGGCUCACUGGGCAGCGCGCCCGGCAGCCACUCCCCUUCUGCCGGGGCGAACGGCGAGGAAGUGCAGCUGCGCCGCAAACGGCCCGCACCGCAGCCCCAGGAUGCGUCCAGUGACAGCGGCUCGCGCUCGUCCUCGGCCAGCCGCGGCCGCCAGCUCGAGCCGGCGGUCUCGGACACGCGCAAGAAGACGCGCAAGCGGACGCGACGCUUCGAGAUAGACGGCGUCAUGAUGACCUCCACCACCAGACAGGUGUUGUACGGUGACGGGGAGACGGCCGGCUUCGACGAGCACGCCUUCCGCAAGCAGGAGCUGCGCGACCUCAAGCUGCUCCAGAAGCAGGAGCAGAAGCAGCACCGCGAGCUCUAUUUUAAGGGAGAUGGGCUACGCAGCAGGCGCAGGAGCAGCAGCAGCGGCGCUUCGAGCAAGAGCUGGCCGAGCUGGUGCGCAAGUACGACGGCGAGCUGGAGGCGGGCGCUGCGUCAGCAGCGUGCGGAGCAGGGGCGCGCCGAGCAGCGGCGGGAGCAGGACCUGCGCGCCGCCAGCAAGAAGAUCCGCGCCGACCAGGAGCGAGAGCUGAAGACGUUCCGCGAGUCGCUGCGUGAGGAGGCGCGACGGCUGAAGCAGGACGCCGGCAUGAUGCUGCGUGACGUUAGGAAGGAGUCGCUCCGCGCCGGCAAGAACAAGAUGGAAUCCGAUCACAAGGAGAGGGAGCGUGUCUUCGUGGAGCGGCUGGACGAGCGGCACCAGCUGGCGCUGGAGGCGCUCUCCGAGCAGCACCAAGAGAAGCUGGCCAACAUGAUCAGCCAGUUUCGAAAAAAGAGGCACCAGCUGAUACGGGACAAGGAGUCGGCGAAGGACAAGCUGGAGGAGCGCCACAUCCAGGAGCGUCACCAGUUGAAGAAGCAGCAGAUCAAGGAGGCCUUCUACCUGCAGCGGCAGCAGAUGCUGGCGCGCCACGCCAGGGAGGUGGACCAUUUGCGACGGGCGGGCCUGCGCCGGUCCGACCUGCUGGCGCGCCAACAGCAGAGCGAGCGGCGCGCGCUGCCCAAGCGGAUCCGCGCCGAGCGCAAGGCGCGCGAGCUCAUGUUCCGCGAGAGCCUGCGCAUCGGCCAGCCGCUGCCAGGCCGCCUGAGCACGGCCGACGGCGACAAGAAGGAACAGCUGAGCAACUUCCACGAACAGGAGGGCAAGCGGUACAAAGGUGAGGAGCACCGACUUGAACUGAAGCACAAGCGGAAGAUGGAGGAACUGAAGGCUUUGAACGAGUCCGCCGUGAAGGAGCUGGAGCAACUGCACAACGAAAAGUGUCGGACGAUGCUGGAUCACGAGGAUGCCAAGCUGCGCUCUGUCGAGGAGCAGUACUUGGCCGAGGUGCAGGAGUGGCGCCAGACCCUGGAGCCGCGCCGCCUGAAGCUGGAGGAGGAGCUGGCUGCCGAGCAGGAGUAUCAGCCGGAGUCGUCGCCGGCCGCCGCCAGGGACGGCUUCGUCAGCAAGGUGACGCUCAGUAACGGCCGCAGCAGCCUGGGCCGGGCCAGCACGGUCAGCGGCCACUCCCAAUGACGCCGACCGCGCGCCUAGAGCUGACCUGGGCUCGACCGUGGCAGCCCCCGGGCGCAGGGACGCUCCAGGAACAGUGCUCAAGUUGGGGAGAUAUUCCCCAGUAGAGGGACCCCCCCCCCCCCCUCCCCCAUUUGGGACACAACCCUGUGUGGAGCAGGGAGGAACGACAGCCGUCAGCGUCUGCGAGUGACGUGUUGGCGGUAGAGGCCGUCGUGCCCGGCGGGGCCGCGGCCUGGACCACCCGGGUGUGGGCGGUGCGUCUAGUCGGACGUCACCGGCGGACGGUGUGCCAAACGAAGCGACGAAGCGAGUCUAGUCUGCGCGUGCGGGUCAGAGCCGUGGACCGGGCGCUCGGCGGCUGGUGAUGGUGUUGGUGUGAGCUUCGGCGACGAACGGUGGCUGUGUCAGCUGCUCGUGAUUCAUUGGUGGCGUCCUCCUCCGCUUACGGUGCUGUUGUAGGCAAUCAAGAAUGGCGUUAUAUGGCGUGUCUAGUGCUUGUCGCACUGAUAUAUUAUUACAUAUAUACGUAUAUAAGUAAAUGUCCGCCGCCAAGGCUAAUUUUCAUCAUGAUGAUGCAUUGAUGACGCUUCAUUGAUGCGACUAAUUUUAACGUUUGUGAUUACCGCGCUACCGCUGCCAUGCUUCCUGUGAUGACGUCCCCGUAGUUUAUAGAGCAGCCGACUGUAUAGUUUGUUGCGCGCGGCUUCUGCCGCCGUCCGUACCGGCGAGAGGGUGUCAAGAUCGUGACUGCCUGAUCGCGGCCGUUCGCGCUCACCCAUCGCCCGUCACGUCCGCUUCGCGGCCCGCUAACGGCGACGGUUCACCGCGUGUCUUCCUGUCGAGCGGUUUGUGGGCGGCGAGGUCGUUUCAUAAUACAGACGGGCGCUUGUACGUGCCGAAGAUGUGAUGGUUCUAAUGUACUAGAUGUACUAGAUCUAGAUGUACUAAGUUCCAUAUUUUGUAAAUUGAAAUUUUCACUCCCGGCCGGUCUUUUUGCGAUGGGAUUUUUCACUUCCACCCCAGUUCAAAAGCAAUUUCAGCUCACUGCGAAGAUGCGCUGUACCGUGCGGUACCGUGCCGUGCCGUACCGCGCCGUAUCGUACCGUAAUGCGCCGGUAGUUGGUACUGUCUCAGCGUCGCCCAGCGUGGAGUGCGGGCUGGGCGCUGCGCUUGCUGAAAGCGUGAUCAGACCAUCGACUGAAGAACAGGCGGUGACGCCGGCUAUGCUUUCGGCAGCCAGUGAAUGUGAAAUAC